UUGACUUUAUUGUAAGUUGUUUUGAUUACAGCAUUAAUUAAAAAAAUCAUCGCUAAGAAAAAACAAAAAAAGGAGUGACAUAGCAAAUUUGGUAACACAAAAGAAAUAAUUCAAGAGGUUAUGUAAACAGUCCAAAUUAUUUAUCCACACCAUGACUCAACCGGCAGAAAUUGUAGCACAUUUUGCCAACCAAUUCCACAACAUACAGGGUGUAACAAUUGCCGAAAGAAAAAAGAAUCUACGAAAACUUCUAAACAGUGCCUCUAUUCUUAAAGACAACGUCCCAUUACUCGACACUGUAGUAACACAGCUGCAUCCUCAAACCUACUUAGAACAACGUUCCUUCAUAGAAUUUUUAAUUUACUUUCGCAAGUACAAAGAGCUUGCAGAUGAAGUAUUCACAAAGGAAAAUCCCAUAGCAAUAAAACGAAUUUUAAAUCAAAAAUGGUUUUUUGAACAAACACUUCUUGAUUCUGGGCCAGGAUUUCUUACACAGAUUGUACCCACUCUCAGCUAUAAAUUGACGUUCAAAGUAUUAAAAAAGAUAGCCCCACUUCUGGAAGAACAACAAGCCAAUGUAAUUUUUAGUUCAUUGUUGGAGAUUUAUGGAAUUUCAUUAGCUACAAUUGUACUGACAUCUUGUAGUUGUGCUACAAUUGAAAACAGUUUAAAAAACUAUCACCUUACUUUACAACAGCGUCAGUUAAAAUCGCUCUUUGAUAAAAAUCCGCAUCUGAUUUAUCUUUAUUUUGAUGAACGAGUGAAACAUGAAGAAAACCAAAACUUUCUGGAUUUUAAUCCUAUAUUUCACUACAUCGCAAAAAAAGAUUUAAAUGUGUUUCACGAUUUAUGCCAGAAGUACAACUUCAAGACUAAAUUGGGCAAAAGGAUUACAAAAAAAUUAGUUGCGCUUAAAAGAGCGGAUAUUUUAUCUCACCCAGAAUUGUAUGUGAAAAAUUUGCACCCUCGCUGCCUGAUUAAACAACUAGGGCCCGAUUUUAACGCCGUUUAUCUAAAACUGUUCCCGAAAAAGAUCGACGACUCGCCGAGUUCAGAGAGCUCCAGACUUUUAAAACACUACCCUCGACGAGCCCAAUACAAUUUAAUGAUAACCACAUAUAAUCAAGUUUUUGCGAAAAAACUAGAGGAGCGGCCACACUUAAUCGACGAGUAUUUAUUAGAAAUGAUUCCCGAUUCGCAAGAAAGGGAGAAAUUUGCUAAACUAAAAGGUGGCGAUGACACAGGUGCGUACCUUAAGUAUUAUUCUCCAGCGCGUUGUCUCCAGAUAGUCAAGGAACGGGUUAAUUUUGCCAGAUGUCCCUUCGAACGAGGCAAUUACGUUGCACUUUUAGUGGAGUCGUGUUUCAUAGAUAAAAACUACGACGCUCUUUUAGAAGUUGCAAAGUUUGUAACCGAACGUUUCAAAAAUGACAGUGCUGACGUCCAACAGAAAUUUCCCCAGAUGUUGUUGUGGCAAUCCUGUGACUACAGCCAACUUAGUGAAGAACACUGGCACGAAAUAAAAAAGAUCAUGGCCAGACCUGACCUGACUUUGUAUAAUUCCAACACCAUAGAAAUAUUUUGUAAGUACAUUGAAUUUCUCACUAGGUUAAAAAAACCAAUUGAGCAGGAAAUUGUGGAUUUCUAUGGUAAGAAUGAUUUUGCUGCUGAUUAUGUGGCAUUUAUCAAAGAUCCACGUGUUCAGAAAAGAUUUUUAACCACUUUUAUUGAAAUAGUUCCUAAGGUGACUACAACCAAUAUAGAGAGUUUAGAUUGUAAAUUACUGUCGGCUUGUCUGAAAUACAAUUCACAAAAUCCUAAGGAAACAAUACAGGUGCUUCAGUAUCCUAGAUUAUUACAGUCUUUACGCAGUGUUCUCUCAAAGAAAAAUAAAAAUGAAGAGGCAGCACUCCCUCAAGCUCUGGAAGUUUUACUAUGUUCCAAAGGGUCAACGCAAGAUCUGGAAAAGUUGAGGCAAGAGUUCUGGAAUAACGUUCAAUUUGCCACACCAUCCCUUAUGAAGUGGUAUUUGAAGUAUAAACCUGAAUCAGUUCAGAAGAACCUAAAUUCAUUUUUGUCCUUCGCAAUAAAAAAUGGCGAACUUGCCAAGGAUACGAAAUUCUGGUCGUCGCUAAAAUAUUAUAGUCACUUGAGUAUUGAUAAAGGGGCUAUUCAGUUUCUCACUCGUGACUUAACGGCUUUAAAGUGCCGCCUUUUGUCGUGUGUAUUGUCAGAAAAAGAUUUUUUGACUGUAGUUGAAACAUACAAACCUGCAGAAUUUAAGGUAGAUGGAAACAAUGCACAAUUUAAUAUACAGAUGGCGCUUUUGAAUAAUAUGAAGAAUGUUAACUCAACGGCUGCCAGUUUGGUGUUACUACUGAAGUUCUGUGAUGGUGAAUAUAUUCCGUUUUGUUUGGGUCCUUUAUACAGUAUUAUUUUCAAAGUUCCAAAAAACCACUUAACCCCUCUAUUUGAUGAAAUGAAGAAAACUUUGACACAUCACGCUUAUUAUUUUAUUUCGUUAAUAUGUAACAAAGAGGUCGUAACACAGAAUUUGAGAGAUUGUCAACUGGAUCAGGCUGUUAAAGUUAGCUUUAAGUAUUUUUUAAAUAAUUCAAACCAAGAAACUUGGGAACUUUUCACUACGAAGUUAUCCACAGCAGAGAGUGUUGGCUCUUUUACGAUAAAACUUAUUGCAACCAAGCAAGUUCCUACCGAUUACAAGACGCAACACUUUGAGAAAGUUUGGACGAUCCUUCACAAAAAUGACAAGUACAAAGGUUUGUUAUUCAAAAAUGUCUCAAAGGAAACACUAUUACAACUUCCGUAUGACUUUUUGGACAGAGUGAUUGAAACUGAGUUGUUUUCUGGUCUUGAAAUUAACAAACCCUUCAGUGUAUAUCUCAUUGCGUCUUCUAAGUUAGAAGAGAACAUGAACAUCGUUACAAAUGCGCUAGAAAAGUAUAAACUCUCAGCGCAGUUUUCGAUUAAACGUGUGCACGACUUCAUUGCGACGUUAUUUACAACAUACAUGGAACAGUCGCUCCAUAACGACACUUUAAUCGAGGCUCUUCUAUCACUCCUUCAACGUAUAUUCGAAAUGGGGAGUAUUUUUGAACCCUACGUAACCUUAUCACUCAUGAAAUGUAAAAGUGAAGUUCCGAAGGAUUUCGCAAUUUCUGUUGUUGUCCUGCAUAACAGUUUAAUAGCAAGGUAUGGCGAGACAGUUACUGAGAUUUUUGGGAAUGUUUUGAAAAAGCUGCUUCAAAAAUUUUGCCAGAGUGAUCCACUGAAGUACGAAUUUUACUACUACUUAUUGAUUCAUCAAAAAUCUAUUAGUGAUGUGUUACUGGCGAUUAAACUUCUACCAAGCGACGCAGAACCAGAAGACGUUGACAGCUGUAAAUAUUUCGACGACAUUGUACAUCAACUUGAAAAUUUAGAUGUGCUGAGUGUGCAGUUGCAUCUAAAUUUGUAUUUCAAGCGUCUGAAAAUCGUGCAGGAUGUUUCCUACUAUACGAGAGUUCAUACUUACGCUAUUAAUAUGUCGUCUUGGUUGUGUCCUGGGGCCCAGCGUUGGGUUGGCUAUAUCUGAAGAAAUUAUUUUACAAAAAGGCUUUAAAUUAAUGUGUUGUUAUUGCAUAACUAAGAUGUAUAAUUUUGUAUAAUUAAAAUAAACUAAUAAUCGGGAGUUACAUUGGGCUUUAAAAGCAAAA